AAGCAGUAGUGUCUAGUUUAGUCGUUAUGUAAGGUGCUGUUAUUAUUAUGACAUAAAAAGUGCUAAGAUUCUUUAUUAGUGAUAAUUUGUGCAGUUGUGUGUGUUUCGCCAUUCAAAACGGAAAAAACAUGCCUACUUGAUAGUAAAUAAUCAAUUUAUGAUAGAUAAUAAAAUUGUGAGGAGCUCGGUGGCGCAGCGGUAAACGCGCUCGGUCUGCGAUUGUUAAAGUAGACGUAACAAUGGACAAGUUUUGGACAAAAAGAACCGUUUAGAUAAUAAAAAUAUAAUUAAACAUGAAGAAAGUGAAUUGAAAGGAAUUAAACAAAGGAGAAACUCAGAAAAGGCAAGAAACAAACAGUGUGAAAUAAAAGUGAAGAAAAACAAAAGUGUGACAUUAUUACAUAGAAAACACAAUGAAAACAAAAAUGGAUACAAAUGCCAAAGUGGCAGAAAAGGCAAUGGAUCUUGACGAUGUUCUGGUGAAUGAACUCGGACAGUUUGGACGAUUCCAACUGUACAACAUAUUGCUGGUAGCGGCGCCUAUGGUGUUUUCGGCGUUACUAAAUGAAUACGUGUUCUCAGCUGGAGCUAUUCCUCAUAGGUGUCAUAUCCCAGAAUGUGAUCCAAUCGUGGAUGAAGCCAUCUACAGUCCAGAAUGGAUCCUCAACGCUGUUCCUAAGGUCGGCGAAGGGUUUUCAAGCUGUUGGCGGUACGAGUCUAUUAAUGGAGUCAAUACAACCAUAGACUACUGUCCAGCUGAAGCCUUCAAUCGAUCAAAAAUGCUAGACUGUGAUUAUGGUUUUGUCUAUGCUAGACAAAAUUCAGUUGUGUACGAGUUUGACUUAGGCUGUAAGGAAUGGCUGCGCACUUUGGCUGGCACAUUGAACAGUAUUGGCACAUUGUUGGUGAUGCCAAUCAGUGGGUUCAUUUCCGACCGAUAUGGCAGAAGGGUGACUCUAGUCGUCAGUCUCUUCAACGUUGCUCUGAUAGGUUUAAUACGAGCCUUCUCCGUAAACUACCCAAUGUACCUGACUAUGCAGUUGCUGCAAACUGCCUUAGGAGGUGGUACUUUUAGUACCGCUUAUAUUUUUGCUACUGAACUGGUGGGGCCAAAAUAUAGAAUGGCUGUUGGUGUUACCUGUUCCAGUAUGUUCGCUUUAGGCCAAGUAGUGCUUGGUGGAGUAGCAUGGUUGGUUCCAGACUGGAGGCAUAUGACUUUGAUACUAUUCGUCCCAUGUUUCAUUUUUAUCUCCUAUUACUGGAUCCUGGCUGAAAGCGUACGAUGGUUAUUGUCUAAGAGGAAGUAUGAAGAAGCAAGAGAGGUUUUGGAGAAAGUAGCCAAAGUUAAUGGGAAACAAAUCAGCGAUUCCAGCAUGCAAGCUUUGACAAGUCAUCCUACUCCAAUUUUAAAAAAGACAAGCAGCAAGUCAAACUUGAUAGCUUCAGUUUUCAAGUCAUCAGUUCUUCUGCGUAGAGUUUGCACCACUCCUGUUUGGUGGAUCUCCACUACCUUUAUCUACUAUGGCUUGUCUAUCAACUCCACUAGUCUUUCGGAUACUAUGUAUUUGAACUACAUGCUGACUGGAGCCAUUGAGUUGCCGGGAUUUUUUACUGCUUUGUUCCUCGUCAACAGACUUGGAAGGAAGCCUACUCUGUCAGGAGGAUACUUCUUGUGUGCCGCGUGCAACAUCGCUUUUGCCUUUAUUCCUGUUGACAAAACGAUUAUCCGGCUCUGUGUGUAUCUGCUGGGCAAAUACGGGAUAGCCAUGGUAUUCACUUCCUUGUACCUGUUCACAUCAGAGCUCUACCCCACUGAAUAUCGACAUACGCUCCUAGCAUUCUCCUCUAUGGUGGGCCGAAUUGGAUCUAUAGUCGCCCCUCUCACUCCAGUGCUUAGAGAAUAUUGGCUAGGAUUACCAUCAAUACUAUUCGGCUGUAUGGGGCUGAUAUCUGGUCUCCUGAUCCUUACACAACCUGAGACUCUUGGAAGUAAACUACCAGACACGCUUGCUGAAGCUGAAAACCUUGGAACACCGGAAUCAAAGCUCAAACAAGUUAGCUGAUCAGCAAUAAAAUCUGUCAAACAGAUCUUGCUGAUCAGUAUUAAACUGAAUCACCAAUGUAUCUUUGCCAAUGUAUUAAUAAUAAAAUUAUAGUUAGAAAAUUGUG